AUGUCUGCCUUGAAGAAGUCGUUCAUCAAGCGCAAGCUUGCUAAGAAGCAGAAGCAAAAUCGCCCAAUGCCACAGUGGGUCCGCAUGAAGACCGGAAACACCAUGAAGUACAACGCCAAGAGACGUCACUGGAGACGCACCAAGCUGAAGCUCUAA